AUGAUCAUCAGCCUGACUGUGACCGUUAAAACGACGCUGUCGUGUGUGUUUGUGCUUCUGCCGAUUCCCGUGGCGGUUCUGGCGUUCGUGGCCGCUGCUCCGCUAACCUCGCCUUGGAGAGCAGCCCUGUAUCUUCAGGGAGCCGCCUCGGUGGCCCAAGCGGCGUCCUAUGCGGCCUUUCUGGUGCAUAAGAAAGCCAUUCCUGCGUGUGUCUUUUCGGCCUUUUUAGCCUGGCUGGCUGGCAUGGUCUUCUACGCUAAAGUAGUGAGAGAUGUGGCCUUUGAUGACAAUAGCGGGAGUGUUCUGGUGACCCAUCACGCAGGCGUGACCACGGCCCAUUUCGCCCUCUGGAGCAUAGUCGCAGCUCUGGCCGGCGCUUACACGCUGUUUGUGCUCAUCUCCGAACACUCCAGCAUCAUUGCCGCAAUCGAAGGGCCCAACAGCACUAAGCCUAGUCCAUCGACAAUUAGCGUCGACCAGUUCAAAGUAGACCCUGCCUCCACUGGAAUGGACCUCAAUAUGAACACUAACAGCACAGUGGCUAGAACCAACUCGGGAGGAUAUGCCGGCCAUGCCCCUCACCACUCAUACACAACAAGCAACCACAUGACAAACAACAACAUCAACAACUACCAGGCUGGACUUACCCAGGAGCACCAUGCAACUCCACUGUUGCCCAGCAUGGAACCUGAACACGAAGAGGGUAUAGACAAUCCUACUGUUGUGGUCAACUCUCUGGCGGGUUUAGAGGCCAUUCCUGCCUCUGCGGGCUCCACUGCCGAACCCACCUCUAGACACACUCAGAGCACUUCGUCGUUUGGAUCCAUCAACUUCGCCGGGCUAAACAUUCGACCUCCCCCCUCAUCCAAGUUCAUCCAUCCUUCCUUGCAGAUUCGUCACAAUGGUAGAAGAAUGGAUCGACUGCGACACAGCAUUGAUGAGCUCAGUGACGGCCAUGUGCGCUGCGAUUCAGCAGGAAAAUUUGACUCCUCGGAACUAGCUGGUCCUAGCCGAGAGUCAGGAGAAAUAAACACCUCCCAUCAUCGGUACUCUACCGAACUUCAUACAGGCACUCAAUCGGUGUUCUCCACAGCUACCACAGCCACUGAACUCACGGUCAAGUCACCCGCAGAGCCACUUCACCCCCACACUAAUAUUGCUCCCUCUUCCACUCCCCCCAACCCUUCUUCUCCCACCAAGUCGACCCACGGCUCCAUCUACAACUCUGCCCACAAUUCCCUCAGUUCGUCGCCUGCCAAAUCGUGCUCGCCCCGGAAACCCAGUCGUCUGAGCAGGCUUAGUCGAUUAUCACUCAGUCUGGAAGGACUCAACGACAUUUCGCCCAAAAAGCUGCGAAAGAGCCGCUCGGAUUUCAUUCUGCCUGGGUCCAGAGACAAAAACGACACUCCCGGCAAUGUAACCACCCCCCAGCCGGACGAGUUCAACCAGUGGGAGAUCCAGGACGUUGCGUGGAACCUGCGAAACGUGUCUGGCUCUUCCGCAGAUACAGAUGGCACUCGGCAAGACGGUCAGCGCUCGGCAAGCACCGCCUCCAGUGGUGUGAACAUCAUUUCCAGCCGGGGCUUUGUCCGAGAAGAGGUUGUUUGA